AUGAAGAGUUUCACUGCUCCCGCCAUCGCUCUUAGCUCCUCCUUCUUCUUAUUAUUCUUCACCACCCUCGUCUCCUCUUCCUCCUCCUUCCACCCAAUCGAUCAUUACCUCAUCAGCUGCGGCUCCCACGAGCCCUCCAUCAUCGACCUCGACCACCGCCGCUUCACGGGCGACUCCUCCACCUCAGCCUCCCGAUUCUUUACCACCCCUUCAACCCGGACUAUUCCACUCACCAACUCCGACCCCGCUUCUUCCAAUUCUUCUCCUCUCUACCGCACUGCCAGAGCCUUCAGUAGUCCCUGCAAGUACAGCUUCCCAAUUCAGGACCACCGCGGGGGGACCCACCACUUGGUACGCCUUCAUUUCUCUCCUUUCUUUAAUUCCACUUCUUUCGACUUCUCCGCUGUUCAAUUCCACGUUUUGGCAAAUGGGUUCUUGUUGUUACGCGAUUUUAGCAUCCAGAAUUCCCCGAAAGACGGUAUAGUAAUCAAGGAGUAUAUCAUAAGGGUUGAUUCCGAUAAGCUUGAUAUUACGUUUGUGCCAAAGAAAAGAUCGAAUUUUGCCUUUGUCAACGCAAUUGAAGUGAUUUCUGCACCCCAUGACUUGGUCGCUGACGUAGCCCAGUUUGUAAAUUCUGAGAAAAAUGAGAGGAUUAAUGGAUUGUUGAACAAAGGGUUCGAAACUGUUUAUAGAGUGAAUGUAGGAGGUCCAAAGGUGACACCUUUCAAUGAUUCUCUGUGGAGGACUUGGGUCCCUGAUGGUGAAUUUUUGGAAAAAUCCGGUCAUGAGGGCUCCUUGGAAAUCCACUUCAGUGGCCGGAUUCAGUAUCAGAUGGGCGGGGCAACGCGUGAAGUUGGGCCGGACAAUGUUUAUAACUCAGCCCGGGUGAUUAAGAGCUCGAAUAAUGUCAUUCCCAAGUCGAACAUAGCCUGGGUGUUUCCAGGAAUUGAGGGUUACAAGUACUUGGUUCGGAUGCAUUUCUGCGAUAUAGCAAGCAUUGGGCCUUAUAUGCUUUACUUUAAUGUUUAUGUAAAUGGGAAUUUGGCAUAUGAGGACUUGGAUUUAUCAGCAAUGACAAACAUGUUGCUUGCUUCGCCUUUCUAUGCUGAUUUUGUAGUGGAAGGGUUGAAUUCCGAAUCAUUGAACGUUAGUGUUGGCCCGUCCAAUAUGAGCUUGACCAAUGCUGUUGAUGCUAUCCUCAAUGGGGUUGAGGUCUUCAAGAUAAGCAAUUCACUGGGUAGUUUUGAUGGCGAGCUCUGUGUUGAGUCAGUUAUGAAGAGCUGGAGAAGAGGAAAUGCCGGUGUCAUAGUGCCUUUACUAGCGGCAGUGUUUUUGUUGCUAACUGCAUCCGUGGUAGUGCAAAGGAGGAGGUCUGGAGGCAGGGACACAGUGGGAUGGUUAAGGUUACCUGUGGAUGUCUCUGAAAUUAAUCUGAAGUAUGGCAGCCAACAGUCAUCUGGUAAACUCUGA